CCAACCAAAUUGACAGCAAGCAAACGGUGACAAUUGCAUUUCAUCGUUCCUUCCAAAGACGGCAGAAAAAAGCGUUGAUUAGGUUUUUUAGAGAGGAAAUUUUUCGCAAUUAGCUUUAAUUUAGUAAAUAUAAAUCUUGUGUGGUUUUUCCCCACAAAGUCUAACGCAGAGGCGCGAUAAAAGGAAUUAUCAGCACGAGCAAAUUUGUAGAGAGUCUGAGUACGUCCAGAGGAUACGUAACGAUUAGUACCGUUGUAAGCCAAUAAAAAUUAUAAGGGCGAAGUAAAAACAGGCGCAAACAAUAAUGGCGGCUAGCAAUAGCAGUGGAAUUGUUGAGGCUACUUUUCCAACCGGUGCUUUGGUGCCUAAAGCUGAAACUGGUGUUUUAAACUUUUUACAAAAAUAUCCAGAUUAUGAUGGGCGUGACAUUGUAAUCGCCAUAUUCGAUUCCGGUGUGGAUCCACGUGCCUCAGGUUUGGAGAAGCUCUGUGAUGGUAAAACAGUUAAGGUGAUUGAACGCUUUGACUGCACAGGCUGCGGUGACGUGGACAUGUCAAAAAAAGUAACUGGUUCUGAAAAAGGUUUCAUCACCGGCCUUUCGGGUCGUCAACUUAAGUUGGCACCUCAAAUGACUGCUUCCAACACUGCCAAUGGUCAGUACCGCAUUGGUUUGAAAAAUUUCGAUGAGUUAUGCCCAUUCAAGGUGAGGGAAACCAUAUCAAACUACUACAAAGUCAAAGAGUGGGACGGCCCUAGUAAGCUUUCCAUUGCGGCGCAAUCCCGUAAAAUUAAUGAAUUCGAAGCUCUAAAUCCUGACGUAUCGAAGUUAUCCUGGAGCAAGAAGUUGGUUAAGGAGGAUUUAGAAAAUACUUUAGAAAUGUUAAACAAUUAUGAAAAAGCCUAUAAAGAUGUCAAAACUACCUACGAUAUUAUUUUAUAUCAAACUGCAGAUGGUUGGCAAACAGUGAUUGACACUACAGAGAAGGGCGAUCUUGAAAAUGCGCUGUAUAUUGGCGAGUACUCGAAGACUCGUGAAAUAAAAAAUGUUGAUGAUUUCUUGUCCCUUUCCAUCAAUGUUCAUGACAAUGGUGAUAUGCUAGAGGUUGUGGGCAUGUGUUCAUCGCAUGGCACUCAUGUCGCUUCCAUUGCCAGUGGUAAUCAUGCUUCCAAAGAUGUUGAUGGUGUAGCACCUAACGCGCGUAUUAUUUCGCUUACGAUUGGUGAUGGGCGUUUGGGGUCAAUGGAGACAGGCACAGCACUAGUGCGCGCAAUGAUAAAAGUUAUGGAAUUUUGUCGAUCAGGCCCCAAAAUCGAUGUGAUCAAUAUGAGCUAUGGCGAACAUGCACAUUGGUCGAAUUCUGGUCGCAUUGGUGAAUUAAUGAGUGAAGUAGUGAACAAAUACGGCGUUGUGUGGGUGGCGUCGGCCGGUAAUCAUGGCCCUGCUUUGUGCACAGUCGGCACGCCACCAGAUAUUAGCCAGCCAAGUUGUAUUGGUGUCGGCGCUUAUGUCUCUCCACAAAUGAUGGAAGCGGAAUAUGUGAUGCGUGAAAAGCUGCCGGGUAAUGUGUACACAUGGACAUCGCGCGAUCCCUGCAUUGAUGGCGGUCAAGGUGUAACCGUUUGUGCGCCCGGUGGGGCCAUCACUUCAGUGCCGCAAUUUACCAUGAGCAAAUCGCAAUUGAUGAAUGGCACCAGUAUGGCUGCUCCACAUGUUGCUGGCGCUAUUGCCCUGCUAAUAUCCGGUCUCAAGCAAAAGGGCAUUAAAUAUUCACCUUACAGCAUCAAACGCGCAAUCGCUAACACUGCCACUAAGCUGAGCUAUGUAGACCCAUUCGCACAAGGCAAUGGUUUACUAAACGUGGAGAAGGCGUUCGAGUAUUUGACACAACAUGAGAAUGCCCCAGAAAAUAUGAUGAGAUUUUCCGUGCGUUGUGGUACGCAAAAUGCCAAAGGAAUACACAUACGGACAGGAGUGUUAAAGAAACCAAUAGAAUAUGAUGUUUCCAUUGAGCCAAUUUUCUUUAACGAUUUAGAAACUGAACCACAACAAAAGUUCACUUUUAAUUUGCGCUUGAAUCUGGUGUCCUCGCACCCGUUUGUGCAAUGUGGCGCUUACUUGGAUUUAAGCUAUUCGUCGCGUUCGUUGACAGUCAAGAUUGAUCCUUCCGCACUGCAUCCCGGUGUGCAUACGGCAAUUAUAUCUGCGUAUGACUCAAACUGCAUACAAAAAGGCGUGCUAUUCGAAAUACCGGUCACGGUGGUGCAACCUCAUACCAUCAAUUGCAGCGAAACACACAUCUUUGAAUGUUCAUCUGCUAAGAGCGAUGGUAGCAUAGAAUUCCAGCCAAACACUAUACGUAGGGACUUCAUUUUGGUGCCAAAUCGUGCCACAUGGGCCGUUCUGCGCAUGCGUUCGACUGAAAAAGAUCGCGAAAAAGAUAUUGGCAAAUUCUUUGUGCACACAAUGCAAAUUCUGCCAAAAACGUCAUGUCGCGUAUUGGAGAAUAUGAAGAUUUUGGCUGUGAAUUCCGACACUGACUCUACACUUCACUUCAUCUGCGAGGAAGACAAUAUUCUGGAACUUUGCGUUGCUAAAUAUUGGUCCAACUACGGCACAACGCAUAUCAAAUACAGUUUAGAAUUUCAUGGCAUCCAAGCGAUCAGUUCGAGCCCAUAUAUAAUGCAAGCGGCACGUGGCAUUCACAAAUUAGACUUUGUCGCCUUGAACCGCGAAGAAUUGCAACCGCAAAUUCAACUAAAGGCUGCCGCCGUUGUGCUGCGACCCAACGAUUCGCGCAUUACUCCUCUAAGCGCAACGCGCGAUGUUAUACCCGAAGGUCGCCAAAUUUAUCAAAAUCUCCUCACCUAUACGCUCCAAGUAUCCAAAGCACAAGAAAUCUCAUUGUAUGCGCCUCUUUUCAAUGCAUUGCUCUACGAGUCCGAAUUCGAGUCACAGCUUUGGAUGGCGUUCGAUGGUAAUAAGGGAUUUCUUACCUGCGGCGAUUCACAUUCGCACAAAGUUUAUACGAAAUUUGAAAAGGGCGAGUAUACGAUUAAAUUACAAGUACGCCACGAAAAGCGUGAACUGCUAGAGAAAGUCUCGGAGGCCAAUAUGGUAGCGCUGUUUAGGUUGACCAACGCCAUUAGCCUUGACUUUUUCGACCAUUUCAAUAAUUGUUUGACUGGUAGGCGUAAGUUUACCACCUGCAUAGUGAAAAGUAGUCCACCCAAAGUAUUAUACGUUGCGCCGCUGCCACAAGAAAAGCUAACAAAAGCUAACUUGCCGGCGAACUGCGCUUGGUUGGCCGGCGCCCUUACAGUGGCCAAGGAUGAGGCAGUACGGCGUGUUGAUGCACACGAUUUUAAAUACUUACUGAACCCGCCAGACAAGAAGAACGGCAAUGGAGGUUCUGGAGCUAAUUCAGGGGGUGGCAGUGGAACGACAAAUUCUUCCAAAUCUAAAACUAAUAUGUCGAUUGCAAGCACAACAACAACAUCUACCCCUACGACAAACACAGCUACAGCUGGCGGAAAUUCCGCUGCCUCUGGAGAUGGCGCUGCCUCGCCAAAGAAAACGACGCCCGACGAGUAUGCAGAGGGCUUGCGUGACUUCCAAUGCAUGAUGAUCUCCAAAUGUGAAAUCGGCAAGGCUGAGGACAUUUACGAUGAGGUAAUUGCUGCGCAUCCCAAACAUUCGGUAGCCCAUGUUUUGUACAUGCAAAAUAUCGAGGCAACUGAAUAUAAGCAACUGUUGCCAUUCGCAUUCAGUACAAUGGUAAACACAAAUGUGGAUGACGACAACCAUAAAGAGGAAAUGGUGAGAAUUCGCACUGCAUUGCUGCGUGUAGCACAGCUGGGUGGCUUCGUCAUAACCGACAUGAGUGAGGAAUAUGACGCGUUAAUGGCAUAUUAUGGUAUGAAGAACGACACCCGUCCAGAUGCCAAUAAAAUUAAGACCAAUAUGGAUAAGAAAAAAGCCAAUUUCUUGGAAGCGCUAGCCCGAAGUGGUGUGGCAAAAAUCAAGAUAGGCAUUAUCGAUGGCAAAAUGAAAAGAAUCUUGCCCGAGUUAGACGAAAUCUAUGUCGAAAUUUCCAAGUUGGCUGACCCAACUGACUCAAAGGUUAUCCAAUUUACGCUCUGGCAUGCUUACGCGAAUGCUCAAUAUGGCCGCAUGUACAAAAUACUGCAAAAAAUGUACGAGGAGAAAAGGUCGCGGGAUAUACUCGAAGAGUUUAGCUCGCUAGCAGGUGCUUUAGAAUUCGGGCAUGUACAGAAGGUCAUACAACGUAUGACUGUAACCGCAUAUCCACAUAGCUAUCGUGUAUUCUAAAUAAUUGGCACAAAACUAUGAAGAAACAACUAAUAGCCAGAACGAAGUGUGCGCACAUUAUAAGCAAAGAUCUAAAAAACAAAACAAAACAAAAAGAUUUAUAAAUUAUCUACUUAGUACAUAUAGUCCAUUUGUUUCCAUCUAUAUAUGUAUGUAAGAUUAUCUUUCUUAAGAAAGCGUGUAUUAAGUUUUUAUGUUUAAAUUGUUCUUCAGCACUUGUAUUGUAAUCGUGAAAUUACCCCAUGAAGUUGUAAACACCUCAGCAAUUGAAACAAAAAGUAAAAUUAAACAACUUUUUAUUACGCA